CGACAAGUGAAUUUUAUAACCAACAAAUGCAGCGUGUAUUGUGUAUUUGAAUUAAAAUAAUACAUAAAUGUUUAACACUGGAUAAUUAUCAACAAAAUGAGCAACAAAGGGAAACUUAAAGAAGCCUUCGAUGUGGAAUCAAAACACGGCGCCUUCUACACCGGAGGCAAUUUAGAAUGGCUCGAAGACACGCUCUAUUGCCAAACCAAUUCGAAAAUAAACCUAUUGAACAUCGAAACCGGCCUAAUCGAACGAUCCAUCGGCGAAGAAUCCGCCGAAGACGCCGAUACCAUACAAACCUUCACCACUACAGGUCAACAAACGGUAACAUCGCACAAAAGCGGAUUGAUGAAGCUAUGGAACGACAAAGGCGAGCUGGAGAAAAUGUGGAAAUACAUACACAAAGGCCCCGUAGCUCGGCUGGCCAUGUUCGACGGAAAGUUAGCUAGCGGAGGCUGCGACGGAGUGGUAAGACUCUGGGAUUUGCUCAACCAAGUCUGCCUGCUCAGCUUAAGAGGUUGCCAGGGCGUCAUCAACGUAGUCGAGUUCCAUCCCCAAGAAAACCUGCUCUUCGCAUCGGGCGAUGAUGGCAAAAUCAACUCCUACGAGCUAUCGAAAGGCGAUUUAAAACUCAUUUACGCGGGGCAUUACAGCAAAGUCACAUCGCUCGUCUUCGCGCGCGACUCCCAUUUCGCCACCUGCGGUCGAGAUAAGGUGAUAAUAUUGUGGGAAACCGGCAAACCGGAACCUCUAAAGAUCAUUCCGCAUUACACCGCAGUCGAAACCAUCGCGAGUUUACCCGUUAAAUUCAAAUUGCCGAACUUCAAGUCGGAUCCGAACGGUAUAUACGUGGCUUCUGCCGGCGAAAAAGGCCUCGUACAAGUGUGGGACGUUAGCAACGCGAAGCGUGUGUUUACCCAAGAGAAUUCGUUGGUUAACGAAGCAUCCGAAGAAGGCGGAUUAGCCGUGACUUUGAUGAGAUACGACGGUAAAUCGAAAUCGUUGGCAAUCGUUACGGUCGAUCACAACAUCGUCAUCCACCAUUUGAAAUCGUUCGCGUGCUUGAAGCAAUUCCCCGGCUUCUCCGAGGAGAUUUUAGACGUGGCUUUCGUGGGUAAAGACGAUUCGCAUCUGGCCGUCGCGACUAAUUCCAAAGACAUCAAAUUAUACGAAAACGCCACCAUGAAUUGCAACAUCCUUCGAGGCCACGAUGAUAUAGUACUAGCUUUGGCCACGACGCCGGCUAAUCCGAACCUGAUGCUCUCGUCGGGUAAAGAUAACACCGUGAGGUUGUGGAAAUUCGAUUAUACGAUGACUUGCGUAGCCAUCGGUUUGAGACACACCGGUUCCGUGGGUUCCGUAGCUUUCAGUAAUACAGACUACAAUUUCGCUGUAACCGUUAGUCAAGAUAUGUGCUUGAAGUUGUGGGAGAUUCCGAAGAACCCCAAAAUCGAGACGAGCUUGAAUUGCUUACAAACCACCCAAGCUCAUCAGAAGGAUAUAAACUCGGUGGCAGUUUCCCCCAACGAUAAACUAAUAGCUACAGCUUCGCAAGACAAAACGUGCAAGUUGUGGAGCUCCAAUUUGGAGUUAUUAGGCGUGUUGAGAGGUCACAAAAAGUCGAUAUGGUGCGUGGUAUUCUCGCCGGUAGAUCAAGUGGUGCUCACCACUUCAGCGGAUUGCACCAUCAAACUUUGGUCGAUAAGCGAUUUGAGUUGUUUGAAGACGUUCGAAGGCCACAACGCCAGCGUGUUGAAGGCCGCUUUCCUCUCGUCGGGCAUGCAGAUUUUGAGCGCCGGCGGGGACGGUUUGUUGAAGUUGUUCAGCGUGAAAACGUCGGAGUGCACUUGCACUUUGGACCGGCACGAGGCCCAAAUCUGGGCGGUGGCGGUGAAACGGGACGAGUCGGGUUUCGUGACCGGCGGCGGCGAUUCGGUGUUGAUCAAAUGGAAGGACGUCACCGAGGAAUUGAAGCUCGAAAAGAUCAGGGAAGCCGAAGAGCUGGCGCUCAGAGAGCAGAAAUUGAACAAUUACUUAGCCGACGGGAACUACAGGAAAGCUUUGAAAGAAGCUUUGAGGUUGAACAAACCGCACCAGGUUUUGAAAAUAGUACAAACUAUAAUCAAAAACGAAGAUAGCGGCUUGGCUGAUACUAUUAAAGAGUUGAGAAACGAUCAGAAGGAUAGUUUGUUCAAGACGGCGAUACAUUGGAAUAUGAACAGCAAGCAUGCCCAUCCCGCCCAGCUGGUUAUCAAUAUUUUAUUGAGCGAAAUGCAAAGCGAGAAUUUCACACCGUCGGGAUUCAGUUCGGCGCUCGAAGGGGCCAUUCCUUACACCGAAAGGCACAUGAAGAGAUUAACGCAAUUGAUGCAAGACCUGCAAUUUAUUAAUUACGUUGUUAAAUGUAUGAAACCGCAUAGUGUAAUUUAAUUUUGAAUAAAAUGUAC